CCUGUUUGCUGGAAUGGAAUGCACUCGGUUGAAAUUUUCAUUGACAGCGAAAGAGCUUCAAAACCACGUGGGACUGUCACAAUUUCAUUGACCAGGUUCCGUACAAGGUGCGCUAUUUGCAAUUCGGCUUUGAAUUGCUCGCUUGGCGAACUCAUUAACCUACUCCAAACAAUGGCAAAGAAAUCUAAACAUUCCAUACCACUACACAAAGUUAUCAUGGUCGGCUCCGGAGGAGUUGGCAAGUCUGCUCUUACACUACAGUACAUGUACGGAGAUUUCGUUGAGGAAUAUGAUCCCACCAAAGCAGAUUCGUAUCGCAAGAAGACAGUAUUGGAUGGGCAAGAAUGUCAGAUCGAUAUCCUGGAUACGGCUGGCCAAGAAGAAUAUGCCGCUAUUCGGGAUAACUACUAUCGCUCUGGUGAAGGCUUUCUAUGCGUUUUUUCAGUUUGCGAACAGGAGUCAUUGGAGCAUACACAGGAGUUUAGGGAUCAAAUUGCACGUGUGCUAGAUGACGAUACGGUACCUUUCAUUUUGGUCGGUAACAAGGUCGAUUUGGAACAUCUUCGUAAAGUUACCUUCAAUGAUGCCGCUGCACUAGCAGAUGAAUGGAACUGCAAGUACAUAGAAACAUCUGCUAAAACUCGACAAAAUGUUGAUGAGGUGUACACUGAGCUCAUGCGACAAAUCCGUAAUCGUAAGGCAAAGCAAGAAAAAUUAGAAGGCAAAUCAAGCUCCGGAAAAUGCACCAUUCUGUAGAUAAAUUCAAUCAACACAGCAAACGAAGAGAAUGCUCUUGCACGAUUGGCUGCCUUUACGUUUAAAUACUUUCAGCUCAUUUCCUCCCUGCUGCCAUUAUCUU